AUGUCGAACUUCACGAGCUAUUCCUCCUCGAGCUUCUCCUACAGCUCCAGCUCUAGCUCCAACGGCCAGACCAGCGGCAAAUCAUACCACAAAGAGACCCACAGCAACCCCCAGGGCACUACUACCAGGACCACCUCUCAGAACAUGGGCGAGCCUAUGAUCCAAGAGACUCGCCAUUUCGAUGCGAGCGGUCGCGAACUGCUCGGAAGUGGCCAGGCUGCAACCAGGCCUACCAUCGAGCAACCCCGCGGCCGGGUUGAGGAGAUCGACGAGUCCGACGCCGACCGCGCGUACAGGCAAAAGAUGGAGGACGAGUACGCAAAGAGGGAGGGUGGCGCGUAA